GCAAUUUCCCGUUAAAACCCCUCCCCUCUCAAUUCCCGGAGGCUCCAGGGAGAUGAAAUGGCUGCGAUGGCUCACUGUGCACUGAUUCCAUCUAUAAACCCAGCUCAUUGCUUCCGACAUCAAUUUCCACAGCCAAAUGCGUCAUUUUCCUUAUCUCCCACUCUACCGAUUUUUUUGCGUGUUCGGAAAUGUGGGUUUCCCGGCGGAAAUCGCCGUCGUGGGGUCACCAUGGCCGCCGGAACGGAUCACUACUCCACUUUAAAUGUAGACCGCAACGCCAGCUUGCAGGAUAUCAAGAGCGCGUACAGAAAACUAGCUCGCAAGUAUCAUCCGGAUAUGAACAAGAACCCUGGUGCAGAAGAUAAGUUCAAACAGAUUAGUGCUGCUUACGAGGUAUUGUCUGACGAGGAAAAGAGAUCCGCGUAUGAUCGCUUCGGGGAGGCAGGUUUAGAAGAAAAUUUCAAUGGAUCACAGGAUACUUCAGAAGGAGUGGAUCCAUUUGACUUGUACAGUGCAUUCUUUGGAGGCUCUGAUGGAUUCUUUGGGGGAAUGGGUGAAUCAGGAGGGAUGGGUUUUGAUUUCAUGAAUAAGAGAAGCCUUGACCUCGACAUUCGGUAUGAUAUGCGGUUGAGCUUUGAAGAGUCGGUUUUUGGAGUAAAACGGGAGAUUGAGGUUUCUUAUUUAGAAACGUGUGAUGGCUGUGGAGGAACAGGUGCUAGAUCUAGUGAUGCUGUUAAACAGUGUAGCAAUUGUGGUGGCAAAGGGCGUGUGAUGAACACUCAGAGAACACCCUUCGGAAUCAUGUCUCAGGUGUCCACUUGCUCAAAAUGUGGUGGUGAUGGCAAAAUCAUAACUGAUAAGUGUCGGAAGUGCACUGGCAACGGGAGACUACGGUCUAUGAAAAAAAUGGAUGUUGUUGUGCCUCCUGGUGUCAGCGACAGAGCCACAAUGCGGAUUCAAGGAGAAGGUAACGUGGACAAGAGAAGUGGACGAGCUGGUGACCUGUUCAUCGUUCUGCAAGUUGAUGAGAAACGUGGAAUCCGGAGGGAAGGGCUUAAUCUAUACUCCAAGAUCAGCAUCGAUUUCACAGAUGCAAUACUUGGGGCAAUCACAAAGGUGGUAGAAACAGUUGAGGGAACAAUGGAUCUUCGGAUUCCGCCAGGAACUCAGCCAGGCGACACGUUGAAAUUAUAUCGGAAAGGAGUUCCAGACACGGAUAGACCUUCGGUUCGUGGUGAUCAUUGCUUUGUAGUGAAGGUUUCGAUCCCCAAGAACCUGAGUGAGAGAGAGCGCAAGUUGGUAGAGGAAUUCUCGUCGCUUAGAAGAUCCAGCAGUAGUACUGAAACUCGUCAAAAAGAGCAUAGUUUUGGGUCAGAACCUAGAGAAGAACCGUCUUUGUGGCAUAAAAUGAAGAGUUUCAUAAGACCUGAAGAUUCAAGAACGAAGUUUGGGACUAUAAGCUUGAACUCAUCAUUGCCACUACGAAGAAUGAAAGAGGCAGAGACUUGUAUUGUUCUCCCGUUCUUGGCUUUGUGCGUUAUAACAUCGGCUUUUGCAUUGGUUCAGAAGAAGGGUAAUCGCUUGAAACAUAAGAACGCACCCUAAUAUCCUCAAAAUCCAGAUGGAGAACUUUGGUUCAAGUAACAGAGAUUUUAGAAGGCCCUUCGUUGCCAUGCAACAAUUCUAGAUUAUAGGUUGAAAUUGCUUGUCGUCUUGUAUGUAUGUUUUUUCGUUUAUACAUUGUUAAAGAGUUAUGAUUAAACGAAUAUAGUACUCAGACCAAUGGUUAUGUAUGCUAAACAGGCUUUAAAGCCUUCAACAGUGAACGAACUUUUCCAAGAAUCAUAUCGACCUAUGAAUUCAAUUCAUGCUGUGAUU